AUGCAUGUUACCAAAUUUGAAAAUAUGGAAUCUCCUAAUAUUGAUUGUCCGGCUCUGCGUCUUGCUAGGAACCGCAACGUCUCACUCCCUACCUCCACCGAAGUCGCCGAUUCGUUUUCAUUUGUAGUUCUUGCUGACCCUCAACUGGGUUUGUUCGAAAAGUAUAUCGAGAAGCUGCCACAACCUGAUCAUUGGGACAGAGAAGUGGAUCAUACGACUAGAGCAGUGAAUAUUAUCAAUCGCUUGAGUCCGAAACCAGCGUUUGUUGUUAUAUGUGGUGAUCUUGUUAAUGAUCAACCAGGACUAAGUUAUCGAUAUAAACAGACAUCAGAUCUGUUGAGUGUGUUAUCUCAUCUGAAAAGUGAUAUCCCAUUGAUUGUAUUACCAGGAAAUCAUGAUGUUGGAGAUCAUCCUGAUGUCAAUGACAUAGAAGACUAUAAAGGUGUCUGGGGAGAUGACUACUUCUCGUUUGUAGUAAAUCGUGUGAGAUUUCUUGUACUCAAUACACAAUAUUUAUGGGAUGAUUCCAAAUGCGUGUCCUUGGCCAGUGAAUUUCGACAAUGGUUAAAUGAACAGCUUUCUAUGAAGAAUGAGGACUUUGAUAUGUCGGUUGUAUUUCAGCAUAUACCCUUUUUCUUGGAUAACAUAGAUGAACCAGAUGACUACUUCAAUAUUCCCAAGAAAUGUCGUAAGGAGAUUAUUCAUCAACUUUACAAUAAUGGAAUUUAUUACACCUUCUCUGGUCAUUUGCAUAAAAACAAUGUGAUCACAUAUACUCCACGCGAACGUGAUAGCAAUGUCAAGAGAGAUGAAUUACCCUUUUCAAUGAUUAGUUCAUCAUCAGUUUGUGUACAACUUGGUGAUGAUCAGCCGGGAAUUCGUCUUGUGCGUAUUAAUAGGUUAGCUACUAAUGUCAGUGAGAACUGUUUAAAGCAUGUUUAUUGGUCAUUAGCCCUGUCUACACUUGAUUAUUGA